AUGUUCGGCAGCAGUGAUCGAACAUCCGAGGCAGAUGUGGCUCAGCAGGUCUGGGACCGGCACUUGGAGGACCAUGCAGCGCUGGAGGCAUAUGCAGCGGCCAUGCACGAGCUGGCAGAGUCACACUGGAAGACGGCCGAUGACCGAACCGACCACGUGGAUCGUGUCGCUUGGAGCUAUCAGCAGAUAUCCCGUUACUUUACAAAAGAGCUGAGCAAAUGUCUUGCCAAAGAUGCACGACGCUUGCAGCACCGAGAUCCAGGCCCUGAUGUCGCUGUGAGUGUACCUCCAGCCACAGCAGACGAGCAUCCCGCAACCAAGCAAGCCAAGGUGGACCCGAACCAUUCAUUUGCAGCACCUUUUCGGGUACUUGAUGUGGGGUCUUGCUUCAACCCCCUGCGCGUGCACAAGGACCUUGAUGUCACGGCCCUAGAUCUGGCUCCCGCCACCCCCGAGGUCUUGCGGGCCGACUUUUUGCAGUGCUUUUCUUCGGGCCAAGAGGGACCUGCGGCCGAGCUCUGCCCACACAGCUUUGACGUGGUCGUUAUGCAUUACGUGUUGAGCUAUAUGCCCUCGCCUUGGCUGCGCUACAAAUGUAUCCAACAGGCGCGGCGUGCUUUGCGACCCAACGGUCUUUUGAUCCUCACCGACCCCGACUCGAGCAAGCAGAACAAAAAUGGGCCCAGGAUGGCAGCAGGCUGGCGGCGCGCGAUUCAGAGCUGCAAGUUUCGACGCGUGGCCUACGAGCGGCUUCCCCACUGUCAUGCAAUGAGCUUCCGUGCUGUUGAGCAGCCCCAUCUCGUCGACGCUGAUGUGUACGUUGCCAGUUCUGCGCAGAAGCUAGGGCAGGGACCCUGA